AUUUUCACUUAUCGCAUCUAAAUAACCAUUGCCAUUAUAGUGAUUCCGCUUUUUGGACAAAUUGUAUUGAAUAUAAAUCAAUAUGGCAUUUUAAUAAUCUUAAAAAGUACUAACUUUAUAUAUGAAUAAUUUUUGAACCAAUGGAUUUCUAAAUUUAGUAUAUUUACUUAUUAGAACUAUUAAAAGAUUCAAAAGAAAGUUUUAAUAUUUUAAACUAAAGUUUAAUCGAAUUAAAUAUUAUUUAAUGAAUAAUAUUAUUACGAAUUUAAUCUAUUUUAAGAUUCAUUUAUGUUACAUAAUUUAGAAAUUUAAUAUAUCGUACAUAUCUGUCAGUACUGGAUAAUACAAUAGGUAAUAUUAACAUAUUAUUUUUAUAACAAUAUUUUUUGUAUUAAUAUAUAUAAAUUAAUUUAUUAUUAUUAAAAUUUCUAUUUAUAUUUUUUCAUUUAAAGAUAAUUAUAAUAUAUUUUUAAUUCAAUAAAACAACAUUAAAAGUAGAAUUUAAGGAACAAAUAUGGAAAAAUUUUUAAGAAAUAUAACAUAUGAUAUUGUUAAUUAAAUAUUGUAAUAGUACACUAUAUAAUUUAAAAAAUAUAAAAAAAAUUAAAUAAUUUUAUUUUCUUUUUGCGCAAAAUAAAAAGGAUCAUAUAAUAUUUUAGAUAAUAUUAGUUUGUAAAACAUUUAAUAUCAUUUUUUUUAUUUAUAGAUAUUUUUGUUUAAUAAUGUUUAUUAUAUUUAUUAAAUUAUAUAUUUAUUCUUUUUUAAAGGCUUAAUAAUAGUAUCUUAUUAAUAAUAUGAAAAAAUACAAAGAUUCUUUAUUUUUUUUUCAUUUAAAGAUUGUCAAUAUAUUCUAUCAAUAUAAAUUUGAAUUGAAAGUUGUUUUAUUAGAAGAUUUUAUAAAAAUAACAAAUAGAAAAAAUCAAUGCUUUUCCAAGAUUAUUAUUUGAUUUUAAUAUCUAAUUAUAUGAAAGAAAAAAUAUCAAGCAAAAAUUAUUAUAUUGAUUCAACGAUUAUAUUUGAUUCAAUAAUAUAAUAAAUAUUUUACAUAUGAUAAAUAUUUUAAAUAUAUUAAUUAUAAUAAAUUUAAAUUUUUUAACUAUUUUAUAAUAUUAUAAUUAUAAACUAUGAAUAGUAAAUAUGAAGAAGAAAAUUCAAUUUUACAACAUAUGAAACAAAUUAAAUAUCCGCUUUUUAUUGGUUUAUGUAGUGGAAUGACACUUCAAGGUAUUAAGAAUGGUACAUUAGAUACUCCUGCUACAUUUGGAAGAAUGAUACAUACUGCAUUUCCAAUUUGUGGUAUAGGUUUCUUCUAUUUAACUGGUUCUUUAAUAUCAGAACGUUAUAGAGGAAAAGAUGAUGCAGUUAAUAAUGUAAUAGGAAUAUUGAGCACUAUUCCAUUAGUUCGGAAAUUUUUGCCUCUAACUUAUACUGUUCCAGUAAUAGCAUUUGCAAUUGCUGGUUCAGUUAUAUAUAAAUGUCAAACCAAUGAUGAAGAAACUGCAGAAGCUUUAGAAUAUCGCAUGGCUUAUUCACAAGAUGGAAUAGGUUAUAAUUGGUAUGAAUGGUCAAAAAAUAAGCCACCAUCAGAACCUUAUGUUAAACGUAUAUCAAAUAGCUUUUUUAGUGUUCCUUCUAUUUAAUCAUCAAUACAUAUAAUACAUAUAAUAGACUUUAUAAUUAGAAUGUAAUAUAUAUUGUUAUCAUUAUUCUACAUUUAUUCAUAUAUAAUUUCAAUAAAUAUAAAAAUCAUAAAAUAUUACAAA